AUGCACUUUGUGCCAGAAAAUGCCACACAAUCAGCUUACCGUGGGUACAUACGCGUGAAUGACGAUGAGUUUGUGGUGUGCGUGAGAAAUGUAAGGUAUGAUGAGCGUACAGGUCGAGCAAUUCUUGAUGCAGCUCGGCUGGACGUGGAUUGUGCACUAGCAAUUCACUUGAAGCCGCACAGUGCGACUUUAAAGCUGCGACUGGCGCAGGCGUCCUCACUCGCGGGUUUUGCGGCAGAAUUGGAAGAAAUAGUGGAUAUUUGUUGCAAAGCACAUUUAAAUCAUCAGGAGGCAUUACCCAGUGCCAAUUACUAUACGAAAUUAAUGGAGGAAUUGGACGUUGUGGGCUGGAAUCGACUGGGUCAACUUAGCGAUGAUUUACGCUCAUUAGAGCUUACGACAAAGGAUAAAGCGGGACGAACUCAUACGAUUCGCAUUUUGUUGCCGCUGCAAUUUGAGCUAUCUGGGUUUACAACAAAGCCAAAAUGUCUUGUAGAUGCACCUGAUACUUUUGAGCUUCAGUGGCCCCCCAGCGAAAACGAGACAGUGUUGGUUGGGAUUGUCAAACAAUUUGAGCAUUUCUUGGAUAAAUUUCAAGAGUUUUGGAACGUCUUGGAUGCUCUAGAUGCAUCAACGUGUGUACUUGAGCCGCAUCAUGCGACAAGAGCUACAGGACGUAGAAGGUUGGCGUUGGAACGAUAUGCGUCAGUGCAAUUCCAAGUCGAUCCGAUCGACCCAAUGGCGAUGCUAACCGAGCUCAAUUUCUUUGGAAACAUGGCAAGUGUCGGGAUUUUGCGUGAACGCUGGAAUCACAAUGCUUUGAGUAAAUGGGAUAUAACAAAAACUCUGCACAAAAACCUAGAGGAUGUGCUGGAAAUCACGCUACCGUCUCCGAAGACGACACAGCCAAAUGAGUUUGCAAUUGAGUGUGGAAUUUGUUAUUCAUACCGUUUGGAAGAUGAAGAAGACAACAAAGAGCAAGCACAACAAAACAUUGCAGCGUCGUUGCAACAUGCAGAAAACAACUCACGCCUUCCAGACCAUCUAUGCGAAAAUCCAAAGUGUAAUCGACCUUUUCAUGCCAAAUGCCUCUAUGAUUGGCUUCGUGCAUUGCCGACGUCGCGCCAAACCUUUCACACAGUGUUUGGCGAGUGCCCGUAUUGUCGAGAAUCGAUCAGUGCAAAUGUAUAG